UCGGGUCAAAAUCAGAUUCCCAUAGUCAAACUAAAGUUAUCAUGAUUUGUUGAGUGUUUACUGUGAUGUCAGUGCAUUCGUAGGUUCCAAAGCACCCAGAUCCAUCCCCCGUAGUUGCUUUCCCAAUUUGAUCACCAAGAACAUCUGUUCUCAGACACUCUCUAAUGGCAGAAAUCGAUAACCUAACCCUCCUUGAAGAAUCAUCAAACAAAACCCCAGAAACCCAAAUCGAUGGCAACCUUCUCAUAGCUCAAUCUCUGUUCCGUGCAGGCGUCAGAGUUAUGUUUGGUGUAGUAGGUAUACCAGUAACAUCACUAGCAAACAGAGCAGUAUCUUUAGGUAUAAGAUUCAUAGCUUUUCACAAUGAACAAUCUGCUGGUUAUGCUGCAUCUGCUUAUGGUUAUCUAACUGGUUCACCAGGUAUACUUCUUACUGUUUCUGGUCCUGGUUGUGUACAUGGUUUAGCUGGUUUGUCUAAUUCUACUAUUAAUUGUUGGCCUAUGGUUAUGAUCUCUGGAUCUUGUGAUCAGAAAGAUAUUGGUAAAGGCGAUUUUCAAGAACUUGAUCAGAUUCAAGCUGUAAAACCCUUUGUCAAGUAUUCAAUCAAGGUUACUGAUAUUAAACAUAUCCCUGAGGAUGUUAAAACUGUUUUGAAUUCGUCUGUAUUCGGUCGUCCUGGGGCUUGUUAUCUUGAUGUUCCUACUGAUGUUCUUCACCAGACUGUUACUGAGUCUGUGGCUAAUGAGCUUUUGACUGUGUCUGACCAAAAUCAAAUUCUAGAAGGAACACCUUUAGCAAACCUAGAGGUUGAGAAAGCAGUGUCGUUACUUAGGAAUGCGAAGAGACCCUUGAUUGUGUUUGGUAAAGGUGCGGCGUUUGCUAGAGUGGAGGAUUCACUGAAAAGACUUGUUGAGAGGACAGGGAUUCCGUUCUUACCGACUCCUAUGGGGAAAGGGUUGUUACCUGAUACACAUGAACUAGCUGCAACAGCUGCAAGGAGCCUCGCGAUUGGUCUAUGCGAUGUUGCUGUUGUUGUUGGUGCGAGGCUAAACUGGUUGUUGCAUUUUGGUGAACCCCCAAAGUGGUCAGAGGAUGUGAAGUUUAUUUUGAUUGAUGUGGCCAAAGAAGAGGUUGAGCUUAGAAAACCUUGUGUUGGUUUGGUUGGUGAUGCCAAGCGGGUUUUGGAUAGGAUUAAUUUGGAAAUUAAAGACGAUCCUUUCUGUUUAGGGAGAACACAUCCUUGGAUCCAAGCGAUUAUGAAGAAGGCUAAGGAGAAUGUUUUGAGGAUGGAAGUGCAGUUGGCUAAGGAUGUUGUGCCAUUUAAUUUCCUUACGCCAAUGAGAAUCAUAAGGGAUGCUAUUCUAGCACAGGGAAGCCCUGCUCCAAUUUUGGUUUCCGAGGGUGCAAAUACGAUGGAUGUUGGCCGAGCUGUUUUGGUUCAGGCAGAGCCUAGGACAAGGCUAGAUGCAGGGACUUGGGGGACGAUGGGGGUCGGUUUAGGUUAUUGCAUUGCCGCUGCAGUUGCUUCGCCUGAUCGUCUUGUGGUUGCUGUUGAAGGAGAUUCUGGAUUUGGGUUCAGCGCUAUGGAAGUCGAGACAUUAGUGCGAUACCAGUUAUCUGUUGUUGUAAUUGUUUUCAACAAUGGUGGUGUAUAUGGUGGUGAUCGCAGGAACCCUGAAGAAAUUGGAGGCCCUUACAAAGAUGAUCCAGCUCCCACUUCAUUUGUUCCGGGUGCAGCAUAUCACACCCUAAUUGAAGCUUUUGGAGGGAAAGGUUAUCUUGUUGGAACUCCCGAGGAACUGAAAUCUGCACUUGCGGAAUCAUUUUUUGCUCGGAAGCCAACUGUAAUAAACGUUACAAUAGAUCCUUAUGCUGGCUCCGAGAGUGGGAGAAUGCAGCACAAGAACUAAGGGAAGAAGGUAAUGGUUUUUCUGCCCAUAGGUUGUAUUUGGGAUUCAACUGUUCAGUUGAAUUAUUACUACCAGCAUAUAUUGUUAGUAUACAUGGUCUCUCGUUUACUGACCUCAUGAACAUAACAACUUCACUUUUACUAAGUUCGAAUAAUUGACGUCUUAUGCUCGCUUUGUAAUCUUAUAUGUCAUCAAAAAUCGAAGUGAACUUGGGACACCAGUUGUUAUGUAAAAAAUUGUAUGCCAUAAUGGUUUCUACUUCUACCCCUCCCUUCUUGUUUUGCUUUUGCAUCUUUGUUCCUCUUUUCACUGAAAUUUGUUUGUCACGCUGCUUUUGUUCCACCUUAUUAAGAGAUAUAAUGAAUGUUUCGGCUUGGAUUUGA